CAUAACCCGCCCCUGCAUAACGAGCUGUCCCGUUCAGCUUGCGUGGUCCACAGUGCCGCUACUCGAAACAGACAACCAGGGAGGAAAUAUACCGGCAGGAAGGACCGUCACCGUCUCUAAAAACUAUCAACAUGAUCAUUAUAAUCGAAGAUAAGGAGGGCUUCGACAAGGCCCUGGAGGAGGCAGGAGAUAAGCUGGUGGUGGUGGACUUCACAGCCACGUGGUGCGGCCCCUGUCAGAGCAUCGCUCCUUUCUUCAAGGGUCUGUCUGAGAAUUAUCAGAGUGUGGUCUUCCUGAAGGUUGACGUGGACGACGCACCGGAUGUGGCCAGUUUCUGUGACAUCAAGUGUAUGCCAACAUUCCACUUCUACAAGAACCAGAAGAAGGUGGAGGAGUUCUCAGGGUCCAAUCAGGCCAAACUGGAGGAGCUGGUCAACACUCACAAAUAAA